AUGGGAGGGGGUGGGGAGAGUCGAGGAGAUUCGACAGGGAUGCUGAUUUGGGAACCUGACGUGUGUGUGCGCGAGAUGCCCCGGAGCGGAGACGUAAGAGUGAGGAGGAAUAGGGUUGAGAGUGCAGGGGAGGGAGAGAGGGGGAGAGGGGGGGGCUGGAGACGAGAGGAGAUGGAUAGGAAGAAGACGGACCGCACUCCAGGAUUCCGUGAUGUGAGCCACGACUCCGUGAAGCUGAUCAAGUUCGCGGACGACACCACCCUCAUUGGACUCAUCUCCAACAACGAUGAGUCCGCCUACAGGAGGGAGGUGGACCGGCUGGUGUCCUGGUGCAGUGGUAACAACCUGGAGCUGAACGCCCAGAAGACAGUGGAGAUGAUUGUGGACUUCAGGAAGAGCACUGUCCCCCCGCCCCCACCCUCCGUGAUGGACUCCCCCAUCACCUCUGUGGAGUCCUUCCGUUUCCUGGGCACCACCAUCACCCAGGACCUCAAGUGGGAGCCGACCAUCAGCUCUCUCAUCAAGAAGGCCCAGCAGAGGAUGUACUUCCUGCGGCAGCUCAGGAAAGCCAAGCUGCCUGCACAGAUGUUGGUGCAGUUCUACACGGCCAUCAUCGAGUCCAUCCUCACCUCCUCCAUCACCGUGUGGUUCGCUGGAGCCACAGUCAGGGACAAACAGAGACUACAGCGCAUUGUGCGCUCUGCAGAGGAAGUGAUCGGCCGCAGCCUUUCAUCGCUGCAGGACCUGCAGGAGGCUGCGGUCCAUCAGGACUAG